CAUGGAGCUGGGCAGCCCGCGCUGAGGCAGGACGCGCCCGCCAGCGGCGAGGGAGAGGAGCCUCUCGCGGCCCGGCGUGCGGGCUCCCGGCCGGUGCCCGGCAAACUUUCCUUUCUCUUUUGCCCGUUCCAGAGGCGCCUUCGGCGGCGGGCGGACCGGCUCCUCGGCGCGGCGGGGGCCGGGCAGGCUGGCCGCGGCAUGAUGCGCGCCGCGUGGGGGGCGCUGGCGGCGCUGGCGGCCGUGGCGUGCCUGGCGGGCGCGGCGCGCGGCGGGCCCGGGCCGGGGCUCAGCGCGUUCGCGGGCCAGGCGGCGCCGCCCGACCCCUGCUCGGACGAGCACGGCCACCCGCGCCGCUGCAUCCCGGACUUCGUGAACGCCGCCUUCGGCAAGGAGGUGCGCGUGUCCAGCACCUGCGGCCGGCCGCCCGCGCGCUACUGCGUGCUGAGCGAGCGCGGCGAGGAGCGGCUGCGCGCCUGCCACCUCUGCAACGCGUCCGACCCGCGCAGGGCUCACCCGCCCGCCUUCCUCACCGACCUCCACAACCCGCACAACCUCACGUGCUGGCAGUCCGAGACCUACCCGCAGUUCCCGCACAACGUCACGCUCACGCUGUCGCUGGGCAAGAAGUUCGAGGUGACCUACGUGAGCCUGCAGUUCUGCUCGCCGCGGCCCGAGUCCAUGGCCAUCUUCAAGUCCAUGGACUACGGGCGCACGUGGGUGCCCUUCCAGUUCUACUCCACGCAGUGCCGCCGGAUGUAUAACCGGCCGCCGCGCGCGCCCAUCGCCAAGCAGAACGAGCAGGAGGCCGUGUGCACCGACUCGCACACCGACAUGCGGCCGCUGCAGGGCGGCCUCAUCGCCUUCAGCACGCUGGACGGGCGGCCCUCGGCGCACGACUUCGACAACUCGCCGGUGCUGCAGGACUGGGUCACGGCCACCGACAUCCGCGUGGCCUUCAGCCGCCUGCACACGUUCGGCGACGAGAACGAGGACGACCCGGAGCUGGCGCGCGACUCGUACUUCUACGCCGUGUCCGACCUGCAGGUGGGCGGCCGCUGCAAGUGCAACGGCCACGCGGCCCGCUGCGUGCGCGACCGCGACGACGGCGGCCUGGUGUGCGACUGCCGGCACCACACGGCGGGGCCCGAGUGCGACCGCUGCAAGCCCUUCCACUACGACCGGCCCUGGCAGCGCGCCACGGCCCGCGAGGCCAACGAGUGCGUGGCCUGCAGCUGCAACCUGCACGCCCGGCGCUGCCGCUUCAACAUGGAGCUCUACAAGCUGUCGGGGCGCAAGAGCGGGGGCGUCUGCCUCAACUGCCGCCACAACACGGCCGGCCGCCACUGCCACUACUGCAAGGAGGGCUACUACCGCGACAUGGGCAAGCCCAUCACCCACCGGAAGGCCUGCAAAGCCUGUGAUUGCCACCCCGUGGGUGCUGCUGGCAAAACCUGCAACCAAACCACCGGCCAGUGUCCCUGCAAGGACGGCGUGACCGGCAUCACCUGCAACCGCUGUGCCAAGGGCUACCAGCAGAGCCGCUCCCCCAUCGCCCCCUGCAUCAAGAUCCCCGUGGCGCCGCCCACCACUGCAGCCAGCAGCGUGGAGGAGCCGGAAGACUGCGAUUCCUACUGCAAGGCCUCCAAGGGGAAGCUGAAGAUCAACAUGAAGAAGUACUGCAAGAAGGACUAUGCCGUGCAGAUCCACAUCCUGAAGGCCGACAGGGCGGGGGACUGGUGGAAGUUCACGGUGAGCAUCAUCUCCGUGUACAAGCAGGGCGCCAGCCGCAUCCGGCGCGGUGACCAGAGCCUGUGGGUCCGCUCGCGGGACAUCGCCUGCAAGUGCCCCAAGAUCAAGCCGCUCAAGAAGUACCUGCUGCUGGGCAACGCGGAGGACUCGCCGGACCAGAGCGGCAUCGUGGCGGACAAGAGCAGCCUGGUCAUCCAGUGGCGGGACACCUGGGCGCGGCGGCUGCGCAAGUUCCAGCAGCGCGAGAAGAAGGGCAAGUGCAAGAAGGCCUAGCGGGAGGGAGGGAGGCGGCGGCGAGGCCCGCCAGGGCUUUCCCAGGUGCGGGAGGGGGCGGGAGGGCGGGGCCUCGGCGGGGGCGGGGCCUCGGCGGCUCCUCUCCCGGCGGCCCCGCCCCUCGCCCCACUCUGCGCUCCCAGGUGGAACCGCACGCCGCGGGGAGGGGCGCACGACAGGCCAGACCCUGGAAAAGGAGGACGAGACUUAGCUACCUCACGGGCUCCUUCCAGAGCAGGGACGCGCUUCCCUAGGGCCGGGCGGGUCUCGCCGUGGCGGGGGCGGGGCGGCCUGAUCUGGGCCCCGGGGACUGACCCAGAAGCCGCAGGUGGAGCUGCACCUGCGGCCGGUGGACCGUUAUGGAGAAGGGGACGUGAGGAGGAGAACUGUGAAUUCUCAGGCCCCCAGUUGGGCCAGGGGCUGAGCGAGCCCGGCCUAAACCAUCACCCAAACGUAAAAGACUGAAAAUCUCCACCUUCUCCCGGACCCUUCUGUGCCACAGGACAGACCCCCUGGUUGGGACAACGUGGGCCCCACUGGAAGGGGCCAGACAGGCAUUUGGGGGGCAGCAGGGAUUUCCCCUGCAGACAGUGGUCCAUUGCCACCUGCUGCAUUGGUUCUCCUGGGUGAGGCGAAGCAGGAACCCUUGCUGGCAACGACCGACCCCUCGUUGCCCCUCCCCUCCAGCCCCUCCCCCCC